UUGAAGUUUAGCCGACUACUUUGUAGUGUCAUUAUUAUUUACAGCCCCUCUAUUCACAAAAUAACCCCCUAGCUCUAAAGACGGCCCAAAUAAAUUUAUUAUUCAUUUCUCAAAUCUUUGCUAUUGUGUUCAGCUUUCUCCACAUUAUUGAAACUCAGUCGACCAAAAAUUUGCUCCCAGUUCCGUAUACUUUUCAUUUUCAGAGACAACCGACGCUUUAGAUUUGCUCUUACUGCAUCAUAGCUUUAAAAUUUUUGCCUUAAAUUCAGAUAUCUAACACUGCCUUUGCAUUACGCAAAAAAUCAAAAUGAUCGACAAACGAGAACCUUCACCAACAACUUUGUUGUCAAGCACCUCAGACAUCGAAAUCUUGAACCCGAUGCUCUCAAACGACGAUUGGACUUCGAAGGCCGAUUGUAAAUCAACCCAAUCUGGCUCCAUAUCGACCAACCCGCUGGCAAAGCUGGCAGCCGCCUGCACCAGUCUUUGCAACGACAUGAAGCCCAAAAACUCCUCUCCUGGAUACGCCAGCUCUCGAAAUCAAUUCAGCUACCCUGUCUCGUCUGGCAACCAUCAGAACCCAGUUUCUUCUGGUCAACAACUCCCCGUAACUUCGACUUUGCUUUCACAUCUAAGCGCUCUUCAGAGCCAACAGCAACCGGCAAAUAAUGCUCAAAAAAGUUCCGAGUUGAACUAUCUUCUGGCACAUGAACUUCUAGCUAAGCAGCAAAGCACCGGACUCGCUCUGGAAACCCUGGCCGCUCUUCAAGCCCAAAACCAACAGAUCUCAAAACCAAUUCCUAGUUUGAACUCGUUCGCUUCUGGAAGUAACCCAAACUUGGAGCAUUUGACCAAAGUGUACUUGCAAACUCUGGCUGCUAAACGAGAACUUACUCAAUACCCCGCGUUUCAGCCCAAUUCUCUGGACUUACUCAUGUCUCCGACAGCUAGCAGCACAGAAAAGCUUCUGAGUCCAAGUUCAACAUCUCAUUUACUGCAGUCGAACGGAUCUCAUCUUCACAAUGGUAUCGACUACCGCCUGUGUCCGUGUGCGGCGUGUCAGACGCUCAGAUUGAACCUUCUGAGUCUUCAACAGCAACUGGCUAAGACUACAAACUCGACUGUCAGUGCUCCUGAUUUUAGUGCACCAUUGCAGCCCCAGCAACACUACUUGAUGCCUCAGAAAAACCCAAUCACUGGUAGUAUUCAAUACGUCUCGAUAUGCAGCGACUCGAAAAACUGCUCUCUGUGCACUAAACCGGCAAAUGUAAACAAUAACUACUUGCAGCAACCAUCGGCAAUUAGUCCGACCGGUCUGACUGCCGAACAGUACCUUGCAGCUUUAUCUGGCCACGUGCACCAAGCAGCAUCGAAUUCGUCGAAGACUCCAUCGCCUAAACCUGGCAAAGUGACCCCUGACUUUUCAGCUCCUCUUCAAAUCAGCACAUCGCCUUCUCCGACGAUUCAAGAAAUCGUGCCUUCUGAUAUUACCUGUAGCUGGACCGAAAAUGGGACCCCUUGCGGUCAUAAAUUCGCCUCUGAGGAUCAGCUUUUUGACCAUAUCAAAAAAGUACACACUUCGAACCAAACUGUUUCAAGUUCUCAACCUUCAGUGCCUAAGCAAGCGUCGCCUUUGAAUAGCCUUUCCGGUUUGACCAAUGAUACUUCAGCCACUAGUCCUCUGGUCUCAUUGAAAAACUUGUCCAGAAAGGUGUUACCUGAACCCGUCAACCACCACUCACUGUCGGCUUCUCGGUUCCACCCCUAUUCGAGACCCGCUCUUCACGAUUCACGACUCCAAUCGCUGACCAAUCAGAUCGCUGCAAGACAAGCCGCUCCAACACUUCCGCUGUUGUCUUCGGCUCAGCUAUCUCUCGGCUCUUUUGGAGCUCUUGGGUUACCGUCGGUUGCACCUCAGCCAACUCCCGCGUUGCCUUUCUCCUUUUCAACCAAUGGCAGCUCUCAAUUUGCUUCAGCCAAUCAGAUGUCGAGCCUACUUUUUGCAGCAGCUGCUCGAUAAGAAAAACGGACCAAAAACUUUCGCUUUAAUGUCGUUCCUUCGAGAAUGAGACUUUACGCAAUACUAGCCUGCCUGAGCCCCAAAAUCGGGAACUCAAAAUUUUGUUCAGCAAAAUAUCAUUGAAUGAACUUGAACUAGAUUGUAUUUUUAUUCAUGUCGAUUAUAAUUUUCUCUGUCAAUACAAAUUAGAUAGUAUUCUUUCAUCAAAUUGAAAACUUUUAAAAUUAA